CUCGGGCCCCGGCACCGCCUCCUUUCCCACGCCCAGAGGCCCCAACCCCCCAACCCCGCACUGCCCUCGGCAGGGGGUGGAGCGCGGCUCGACGCCGGGGGCUCGGGCCAGGCGGCGGCGGUUGCGCUGGAGGCUCUCCGGGACUCAGCAUGAUGCCGGCGCCCGGGACCCCGCAAGAGGGACCCAGUCCGCGUCCUCCUAGGGCUCUCCCACCAGUACCAAGUCCCCUGCAAGAUAACCUUCCACUCAGUCGACCAAAAAAAAAGAAACCCAAAGCAAAAAAUGCACUAGGCAGUGUCUCCCUAGAAGGCAUUGUUGAGAAUACAGGUCAUCAGCCAUCUGACAACAGUGAACUGUUGACUCAUGAACCCCUGGAACAUCCAGAUACUCCAGUUCAGAAGAAACGCAAGAAGAAAAGAUUACCUCUUGAAUCAGAGACAUCUUUCACCCAAAAGAGCACACCUAAUCCAUCUCCACUUCUAAAUGAAAAUGGCAUGGAUUUGGAACAAGCUGAGGAGGCUGUUACUCGAAAACCUCGAAAGAGAACAAAGAGGAGCCAGCCAACAGGACUGCAUUAUACUAAUGAACUAGGAGUAGAAGAGGAGGACAUAAUUGCUGAUGGGCAAAACCAUCCAGAGCAACCCCCUUCAGUAUUCACUGCACCCAUGGGUGUUAGCCAGCCUGUGGGCAAAGUAUUUGUAGAAAAAAGCAGGCGAUUCCAGGCUGCUGACCGAUCUGAAUUAAUUAAAACCACUGAAAACAUUGAUAUGCUAAUGGACAUAAAACCUUCAUGGACAACCAGAGACGUUGCCCUAUCAGUACACCGAAGCUUCAGGAUGAUUGGUCUCUUUUCUCAUGGCUUCCUUGCUGGCUAUUCUGUGUGGAAUAUUGUUGUGAUUUAUGUUCUAGCCGGAAAACAGUUGUCUGAUCUCUCCAAUUUACUGCAGCAGUACAAGACCAUAGCUUAUCCUGCUCAGAGUCUUUUCUACCUGCUUCUGGCUAUAAGCACAAUUUCAGCCUUUGACAGGAUUGAUUUUGCUAAAACAUCAGUAGCAGUUCGAGGUUUUCUUGCCCUGGACCCAACAACUUUGGCUUCUUUCUUGUACUUCGCUGCUCUUAUCUUGUCUCUGAGCCAGCAGAUGACAAGUGACAGAAUCCAUCUUUACACACCUCCAUCAGUUAAUGGUAGCCUCUGGGCAGCAGGUACAGAGGAACAAAUUCUCCAUCCCUGGAUUGUGGUGAACCUGGUUGUGGCUCUUCUAGUUGGACUGUCUUGGCUUUUCUUGUCUUAUAGGCCUGAGAUGGACCUCAGUGAAGAGCUGAUGUUUUCUUCUGAUGUUCAAGAAUAUCCUGAUGUGCAUAAAGAAACCAAAUCUCCUUCAUGAUGUUAAAAAUCUACACAACUAGGACAGUAUUUUUAAUGUUCCAAUUGUGAUAUGUAAUCUUUUUUAAGAUGUCUUUUUAAAAAAUGUUUGCAAGUGUACCUAAAAUUACUUUGAUUAUAGAAAUCCAUGCCCCAAGAUUAUGAAAACUAUUAAAAGUUUUAUACACUG